UCCAGAAGAUCGCUGGCAGGGAUAUCAUAUAGCUUUGAACGCUCGUGGUAUUCGAUCUCUUUUGAAUUGUAUCCCAUCCUCAGCCGUCUCAAACCUUUCAAAAGCAAUCCCUGAUCCACUUGCUGACGUAGAAUUCCAUGGUAUCUCGGUCUUUGAUCUUAAAGGAAAUCUUUUACUAAGGUCACCAUCUAAACAAGUUAAAAACUUUAACGAAAUCUGUAAAGUACCUGAUGAUUUUUCGCUGAUCAUUUCCUAUCGUGACAGACUUAGGGAUAUAUUAUUAGAAGGUGUGUCAGUUCAAUGGGGUAAAAAAUGUAUUGGAUAUGAAGAAACCAACGAAGGUGUUAAGGUAGUUUUUGAUGAUGGCUCACAAGAAUUUUGUGACAUUUUAGUUGGCGCAGAUGGUAUUAAUUCUCCAGUCCGAAAGCAGAAAAUACCUGAAUUGCAAAUUUUCGAUUAUGGAGUAACUCAUGUUAAUACAAAUAUUGCUGUGCCUAAACAUCUUAUGGAUAGAUUCAUAAAGUUACAUGGAAAUAGCUUACUGCAAAAAUCACUCGGGAUACAUGGAGACGCUUCAUUGGUUACCCUUCGUCUAAUUCCAAUCGAGCAAGAACAAAAUUACAAUAAUAAUGGCGAUUGUAAUGAGUCACAUUACAGAGCGACCAUCAAUUAUUCGUAUCCCGCAGAGUUAGAUGAUGUAGAAUCUGAUAAAAUCAAAGUUGACGAUAACGAUUCCGCAUCAGUCGUCGAACAUGUCAAACAGAUGAUUCGAAAAUUAAGUCCGGAAUGCGAAACGACUGAUAUUUUAUUAGAAUUAUGGGAUUUAGCUCCCAAAGUAACUCCAAAAGACCCAGAAAAAUAUCCAUUUAAAACUUAUAAUCCAACUCAACGAAGGAAUUACCGAGAUAUUAACCCGUCAUCAGUUAAUCCUUGGACAAGUAGUCGAGUGACAUUAAUAGGAGAUGCCGUUCAUGCUAUGAAUCCUAUACUUGGGUUAGGAACCAAUAACGCUAUUCAAGAUGCAGAUUUACUCUCCCAAGCAUUAAUUAACUCUUCGUCAGAAGAUUUUAUUUCUAGCAUCCAAGAUUACGAAAAAGAAAUGCGAAAAAGGUCAACAGUUGAUGUGUUAAAAUCUAGAUCAGUGGCCUUAAAAAUGUCAAAUCCCGUUGGAUAUUUUGG